AUUAUUUCGUCCAGCAGCCUCGAACUAACUUUCGUACACGUUCCGUUCAACUUUCGGCACUCGAGGUCACAUUUUUGACUAUCAUCCCCACCAGAGACUACGGCGCUCCACCAGCACCUCACCCGAAAUGCCCUUCGCUGUUUCUUCCGCGUCGUCUCAAUUUCUCAAAGCACCGUCCGGUCAUGCUUCAAAGUCGAAUGUCAAGCCACAUGACGAUGUUGACGAUUUCUUGUCUUCUGAUCUGGAGCUAUCAUUUGCCUCCACCAUGUCAUUGAAUUCGCCCCGUCGCAAUAAUGCUGACCUUAGCUUUGAUGAUGAACGCGACGAACCCAUGGAUAUAUCCCCCGCCCCCGUCAAAACCGCACAUCGGCUCCUAGGAGAGAAGAGUUUGAGGUCUCGUGCCACCAUCAAUGAUAAUAGGCUGUUCGGACGCGACUUGAGCAACAACACUAGUGCAAACGAGACACCUUCACAUGUCAUCAAGUCUGGCACUCAACGCAGCGCGCUGCCCGUGGAGUGGCUUUCUACUUCACGGCCGACGAAGACGACUGAUGAGAACAUCUUCGCCCCGCCCCCGACCUCGCCCAUAGACGCCAUGGAUAUUGACAACUCGUCAUUCACUGUUGAACAGGAUUUACUCACUUCAUCACCUCCCGCAUCUGCAGCGCCAACUAUCAGAGGGUUUAACGAUCUCUUCUAUGGGUCAACAUCUCCUCCUCGUCUCGAGUCCCCAGUUGGCCGAAUGCUCAAGAAGCGCCGCUCAUUCUCUCCAGAAUCCGCUCGCAAGCCGAAGCAUGAUGUGUUCGAGCUCCCAUCGUCUCCUGGCUUUGACAACUCUCCCUCGCAACAUAAGCUUAAUCGCAUUUCUAGUGGACCCUUAUUUCCGCCGUUAGGCAAACCUGCCUUGCAAAGUCUUUGUGCUGUCUCAAGCAAGCGUCCUCGCCGACCAGGUUUCCCUGAAGACCCUGUUCAAUCAGCUUAUCCGAUCAUGGACAGCGUCAAUGACGAUUCAAAGGACGAAGACAAUAUCAGACCACCAGCUGCUAGACGUGCAUUUUCUGCUAUGUUCCCUCCGGCGGACACCACUUCUUCCGAUGCAUCGAUUUCUUUCGACGGUCCGGAUAUGUCCUCACCUGCUCAAGCAUAUACCAAACGUCAGCAAGCUAAGACUUUACGCCGCCGCGAUGGCACAGAAGACUUCCGGCCUUUGACGGGCGCCACGGGCGUUACGGGACCAAAUGGCGAACAAAGCCCUGCUACGAAGUUCUUGCAUGGUGGUGUGGGCAUGCCUGGCUUUGGCGAUAACGAAGCAGCGGGCAAGAUUCUACCUUGCCAUCGCGUCAGGGAAGAUGGCCUUAUGAGGAUCAAGGCACAGACUCUUAAUGCCCUCCUGGAUGGGGAGUUUGACUCACAGAUUGCAGAAUACCGCAUUGUCGAUUGUCGCUUCGACUAUGAGUACAGUGGCGGCCAUAUCCCUGGUGCCAUCAAUGUCAAUACUACGAGCGACGUUGAAGAGCUUCUUCUUACGGACAAGAAGCCAGUUCCGUGUGUUAGCGGCGAUGUAGCGAAGAAGACCGUGCUGGUUUUCCACUGCGAAUUCAGUGCGCAACGCGCACCCACCUUUGCAAAACAUCUUCGGUCGAAGGAUCGUGCUAGUAACAACCAUGUCUACCCUAGGAUUCAUUAUCCCGAGGUUUACGUUCUAGAGGGAGGGUACUGCGCUUAUUACAAGCACUCCUCUCAACGCUGCGAGCCCCGCGGCUACGUCACGAUGGAUGAUCCCAACCACGCCAAUUCUCGCAGGGAAGAUCUUGAUCAGUUCCGCAAGUCUAAGUUCGGCCGCACAAAGUCUUAUGCUUACGGAGAUGGCCUGGGUUCGAAGGGUUCUUCUCAACAAGGUCAACUCAAGAGGAACACUGCUCCAGCCGCACCUGGCAUGUUCACUACCGCCAGUACCCUAGCCCGUACUCGUCGAAACGGGUCGGGUAGUAGCUCUCUCGCGACCUUACCGGAGGCCGGAAACACUACUAUUCCCACCGACGAUGAGAUAGACAUAGGCGACAGUCCAUGCCCCCCAUCCAACAAAGGCGUUAUGCUCUCGAAGGCCAAGAAGCUGUCGCGUGUCCCGUUCACUCGUGCUGACACCCUCGACGCUGGUCGCAUGAACUACCACUAAUCUACCAAGCACCAGCGUGUGCUCCUGACAUCCAACUCAUCUCGACGUCAUUGAUCCUGAGCGACAAUCUAUCCUUCCCAUCAUUCUCAGUUCUUUAUUUAAGCAAAUAUCCGCAGGUCGACAUCUAAACGCCGUUUUCUCCCAUAUAAACCACCACAUUUAUCGAAUUUUACGCCUAUGCACGACGACUCGAACGUCAACGUUUAUCACGUCUUAUGCUCUGAUGUGUCCUAUCACAAAACCAUCCAUCCAGAAAUCUCUUCCCCGUUGAAACGUUCAUAGCUCUCAUCACCCUCGCCCUCAACAUCAAAUCACAUCAAAUCACAUCAAAUCACAUCAAAUCACAUCAAAUUCAGCAUAGUCUCGAAUCUGCACUGCAGCCAUAGCUGGACAUGUUGCUCGCCUUAAGUGCAUUUGUUUGAUUACCAGCAUGUGCUCAUCCGUCGUGCAACUGUAUGUUGCUUGUUUCCUCUACUUAUAUAUUAAUUUUUGUCGACGAAUCUCUUAUCUCAUCCCUUUCACAAGCACCUAUCUCUUGUCUCUCUUUUUCUUCCAUCU